UGCAUGCCGUGCUACCCCCUUUUAUUGACGCUAAGCUUCAACCAUCGAAGUCUGAUGCCGAGUUUCUGAGCGCGCAAUCGGACUCGUCGAGAUCUUUCAUUUCUGCUUUAGAAGAGGGAGAAGGCACAGCAGAAACAUCAAGCGAAAGUAAGGACGAGAGAGGAGUUUCCUCGUCUUCGUCAUCAUCAUCUACUCGUUCCAGUGUACUGGCAGCCCAAGGGGACAAGCGAAGCUUCGAGGUGCACGAGCUACCGC